UGACUGCGCAUGCUCGUUAAGUAGACGCACUAAUGGAGGCUGUUUGAAAUGUUCACCGUAAACUGAGGGGUUUUGUAUUUAAAGAUUGAUUAAUGAUGCAGUGAAACUACAUUUGAUUGUUUUUGACUGUUGUCUUCAUCGAAAACCUUCAUAAUGGACAACAAUAGUGACAGAGUGGAUAAUGUGGACAAUGAGAAAUCCUCUUCUUCAAAAGGGACACAGUCUCCCGUUAUGGAUCGUAACCCAUCACCGCCCCCAGACAGUGAUGGUGAAGAGGCAGAGGAAGCUCUGGAUGCUAUAGGAGACACUGUUUAUAGCAAGCACUGGCUUUUCAGCACUCUUACCCAUCUCAUCAAUAUGGUCGCAGAGCAUUCAGAAGAGGAUUCUGAUGGUCAGGUGCAGCUUUCUGAUGAUGAUGAAGAGAAUCUGUGCAGAGUCUGGGAUAUGGCUAUGGAUAAGGAUGUAGCUGCCUUUCUGCAGGAAUUCAAAGCCACAGAUAUCCUUCUUGGAGUGAUAGCUAAGUCUCGCUGUCCACGCCUCACAGAAAUUUGUGUGGGAAUCCUCGGGAAUAUUGCUUGUUUUUCUGACACUUGUCUAACCCUCAGCCAGAAUGAAGACUUAGGUGCUGUGCUGUUGCUUCUUCUUGGAGAUGCAGAUCCACCUACACUUCUGGAAACAAGCAGAUUACUGCUGACCUGUGUCUCGCAGAAAGAUGCCUGUCCCAUUUGGCUUCAACGAAUACGACAACGGACAGUUGUGCGCUCCAACCUAUGUUUCAUCAUGUGCAGCUCAACAAACUGUGACCUUCUUGAGAAGGUUGGAGAGUUGGUUGAGAAACUGUUUGACCUAGAUGAAGAGCUGAUGAAAAGCUGGAUCACAGCUCAGCCGAGUGAGGAAGAUGAUGAAGGUGAAACCCAUCUGGAUAUGGCCUCAUGCCUAUUGGAAGCAGCCAAGCAGCUGAGGUCAGAAAAUCCUAACGGUUUAGAGGUUUAUCUUCAUGCUCUCCAACUCUUCACAACUGUCGAUGAGGGCAUUGAGAUUUUUGCUGCUGCCGAUGGGCCUGGCAAAGCAGUAUGGGACUUCGUUAGUGAAGUUGUGUGUGAGGAUCUCUGUCAGUCAAAUGAUCUUCCAGUUGUCUUACUAGAGCAGAAGGGCGUUUUGGUCCAGACAUUUGCUGUUCUGCAGGCUCUUUAUAAAUGCCAGGAUCAGUGGAGCAGCAGAAGUGACACAAGUUUGCCUCUUAUUGCCACUCUUUUGCGAGUGCUUCAGUAUCACACUGAGUGUAAAAGAUACUGUGAAGCAGAUGCAAAAGAUGAACAACUCCAGACACUGGCGGAGAUCACAGCUGAGUUUCUUGCUGAGAUCUGCAUUCAGAUUCCCAAGGACACAGUGACUGAUUUAAUAAAGACAGGACAUCUGACAGAGAAGACUUGUGUUACGGCUGCAGGAUGGUUGCACACACAGUUUAAGACUUCAUUUCAGCACCUGCAGUCCGUGUUGUCAGAGGCUGAUCCCCAAAUGGCAGACGUGGUGAGGAAACAGUUUCCUGUCUGACACGUCCAGCACAUCAGCUCUCAUCCAGACUAUCACGACAGCCCUUUAUAGUGGCCUAUUCUUCCCUCUAAAGACCCCGCUUUAAGUUGGGAUGUUUGGUUUUCCAUGGAAAGACCAGCUGAGGGUGGCGCCCUUUCAUGAGAUCAGGGCAAAAUAACAAAGACUGUCUGUGGAGACUAUUUUUUGCAUUCUUUGUUUUUUAUAUUGUGAGUCACAUUUGACUAAAUUCUGUAACAUAAAUGUUGUUUCUUCCUUAUUGUACUACCUGACAAUGCUAAUUUUCUAUGAAAUAAUAAACAGGCAAUUUUUAAUGA